AUGAUUGAAUGGGAUUCAGAAAGUCAACAGGAAUUGCUUUUGCUUGCCAAGCAAGACCCAGAGAAUUCUCCAUGCCUGUUUGGCAACAUUGCCAGCUUCUAUCGACCAGAAAUGAGAGAUUUGAUUCACUCACUUCAGGCAAAGCCUGGAAUGUCAGUGGAGAUACUAGCUCCUUUGAUAUCGGAAGGGCGUGCGAUCACGCGCACAGCCUGGUGCCUGACGCAUGAGCGUCUGUGCAGUGUCAAGACAGCAAGACGCCACUGCGCUGGCACGAGCUGCAGACCCUUUUCCAAGAAGGGCAUGCGAUUGGGGCUGAUGGAUUGUGAAACAGUAUAUCUUCUGUCCUGGAUUGCCAUGCGCUUGGAACUACAGGAGGCCGACAUCCUUCAGGAGAAUGUUUGCGGAUCAGCUACAGACAUUUUCUCGAGAUUUCUUGGCAAGUUGUACUGGAUUGAUGUGUGGAAAGGAGAUCCAAGAUUGUUAGGCCUUCCAUUUGCCCGAGAAAGGCAAUUUGUGCGCUUUAGACACAAGGUGAAGUGCAUGGCUGAAUUGGAACCAACCAGCCGCUUCAUCAAAAGGUUCUGGCGGGCAAUCAAUUUUGAGUGGCAGCAGGUAUAUUGUUGCCACCUCCCAGACUUCAAGGACAAGACUGUCGUGAAGGAUGAGCUGAACGAAGAGUUGCGAUGGGCGCAAAACAGGCCCAGUAGCAAAGCACAUGACAUGCCACAAAUCACUAUCGACAAUCAUGAGAAUCCCUUUCGGGCCUGUUUGACUGAGACGGAGGAGCUCUUUUGGCAGGGGUAUCAGAUUCGAAAUCCUGGCAAAGCUGGCCAGUUGAACCAGGACUCUCUAUCUGCCUUUGGACAUGCCAGCUUAGACGGGUGUUUGCACACCCUGAUCGCAAACUGCGGUCUGAUCAUGAGCGAUUCCUGCGUGCCUGAGCGUUGGUUGAUUGGGGCCAAGAAAGCGAAGGUAAUCAAUGAGGUGAUGAACAAGAGGCCAUCACAGGCCCAGGAGUCAUCAUCCAAGGGAAGCGGUGCAGAGCCAGUCAAUCAUCAGGAAGAAAUGCCUGAGAAUCGGGGCAUACUCUGGGGCAAAUCCAAAGAGGAGUGUCAAAACAUGAAAGACAUCGACAUUUAUGCUCCAGAUGUUGACAUCAACCUUCUAUUCGGCGACUUGCACGGUGCUGCUUUGCUUGACAAGAUCUACCAGGUCUACGGUGACGGUGUGUUUGAUGUAUCCUGGUUUGUGGUUGGGCCCAAUGGCAAGUCCGAGUCAGCUUCACUUCCAGCUUCUUCUGGCUUACACAGGGCGCGGGUGCUUCGAGAAGGGCUAUCACAAUUAGCCGCAGGAGAACCAGUGCUCAAGUGGAAGGAUUCCUCUCGCAGCCUUCCUGCUCACGCAGGAACAUUCAAUCACCGUGCAGAGGCUUUCUAUAGAGCCUUUGAGUGUGAGCCAGGGAAUCCUCUGGUGGCAGAGGUGGCAAAGCGAGGACUCACGGAUGUCAAGUUCAUGACAUGGUCUACACCAGACACCGUGUGGGCUAAGUUCAUUUCCACACACAACAGCUUCCACAAAGGAAGUGGCAACUCCUACAUGGAGGUGGGAAUGGAUGCACUACGUGUGGAGGCGAUGUGGAAGGCAGCGUGCACGCAGUCAGGAAUGAGUCACUUGGACUGGAAGUUGAAGUUGUCCUUCAGUUAG